AUGAGGGAAAUCGUGCAUCUGCAGGCUGGCCAAUGCGGCAACCAGAUUGGGGCCAAGUUUUGGGAAGUAAUCAGUGAUGAACAUGGAAUUGACCCAACUGGCACGUACCAUGGUGACAGUGAUCUCCAGCUGGAAAGAAUAAAUGUCUACUACAAUGAAGCCACAGGUGGCAAAUAUGUUCCCCGUGCAGUUCUGGUGGAUUUGGAGCCAGGCACAAUGGACUCUGUGCGAUCUGGACCAUUCGGGCAAAUCUUCAGACCAGACAACUUUGUGUUUGGUCAGAGUGGUGCUGGAAACAACUGGGCAAAGGGUCACUACACAGAAGGAGCAGAACUGGUUGACUCAGUAUUGGAUGUUGUAAGGAAAGAAGCAGAAAGCUGUGACUGUCUCCAGGGCUUCCAGCUCACACACUCUCUGGGUGGUGGGACUGGCUCUGGCAUGGGUACCCUCCUUAUUAGCAAAAUCAGAGAAGAGUAUCCAGACAGACUCACCACCCCCACCUAUGGUGACUUGAACCAUCUGGUAUCAGCCACCAUGAGUGGAGUCACAACCUGCCUGCGUUUCCCUGGUCAGCUGAAUGCUGACCUGCGUAAACUGGCUGUCAACAUGGUUCCCUUCCCUCGUCUGCACUUCUUCAUGCCAGGCUUUGCCCCACUCACCAGCCGCCAGAUGUUUGAUGCCAAGAACAUGAUGGCUGCUUGUGACCCACGUCAUGGCCGCUAUCUGACUGUAGCUGCUGUGUUCAGAACUGCAGUCUGUGACAUCCCACCACGAGGCCUAAAGAUGUCCGCCACCUUCAUCGGUAACAGCACAGCCAUUCAGGAACUGUUCAAGCGCAUCUCUGAGCAGUUCACUGCUAUGUUCCGUAGAAAGGCCUUCUUGCACUGGUACACUGGGGAGGGCAUGGAUGAGAUGGAGUUCACUGAGGCAGAAAGCAACAUGAAUGACCUGGUGUCCGAGUACCAGCAAUACCAGGAUGCCACAGCAGAAGAGGAGGGUGAAUUUGAAGAGGAGGCUGAGGAAGAAGCUGCAUAA